GUCUUCUUUGACCGAAACGCCAUAGACCAAGCUCUUUAUCUCUCUUUUGCCACAGCAAAUCUCAGAGAAGCUCUUCACUCUCGAUCCGAUCACCGGAACCGCCUUUGACGUAACCUUCAACCGCCCGUGCACCGAUUAGGUAUCUAUUUUUUUAUUUAUAGGGGUUUAGAGAUAUGAACUGGGUUCAACGCAAGAUCUAUCUCUACAAUGUCACCUUUGGACUCUACAUGUUGGAUUGGUGGGAGCGUUACCUUUUCAAUAUUUUGGUGAUUGUGUUGAUGUGGUUCAUCUUCUACAACAGUUCAAAAUAUGUAACUGAGUUCUGCAAGAGGCAUCUAUCGUGAAGGUCAGGAAUGGCAUCAGCUUGACAGAUUGCGAUGAUGAUCCCAAAUGUGAAAAUUUUAAAUUAUUUGGUUGAAAGUCUUACUUUGAUUUGGAUUCACAUACAACUUUUAUAGUAUUUAGCAAACAAUCGGUGCAUGUCUCACCGGUAUUCUGCACUGUUUUCAUAGCUAUUCCUUGCAAAAAUGUUCAAAACAUUGGCGGCGUUGUGUAAUUGUUGAAAGUUUUCUAACACAAAGCUUUUUUGUGUUCCACUUAAUGUAGCAUAUUGUAGUGUUUCUCC